AUGACCGCCGACCCCACAGACUACUCAACCACCACCUUCCGUACAAUCAACAACAUCGACAACUCCGCCCAAACCGCCUACACAGGCGACACAACCUACGGCACUUACGAAGACGACGCCAUAACCGACUACGGCCUGCGCGGUGCGUCCGACCCAAAGCCCUACUCCACCCCAGCCACCGCCACCGCCUCAGGAAUCCGCGGCUAUGACCCCUCUGACUACUCGAACAUUGCCGUGCAGGAUGGCGGUGGCCACACGGCGUAUGACCCUGUGACGGGAGCGUAUGAUGAGCAUUAUGAUUAUCGGGCGGAGAAUUCGACGAAGCAUCAUCGGGAAAGGAUGUUGCCGGAUGGGACGUAUCAGUUGAGGGAGGUGGAUCGGUUUGAUGAUGGGACGGCGAAGGUGCACCGGGAGUAUAGUAAUCCGAAUACGGGGACGAAUUAUAUUAAGGAUUAUCAGAAGUGA